UUCCCGGCAUGCCUUUCAGCAGAGCUGAGAAGAACAGGCGUCAAGAUGGAGUCUGGUGGAGGCUAAAGGGAUAAAGCUGCUUUAAUCUCAGCUGAAUAAAGUUUGAGACGUCCAUGCUUUUUCAGAGGGAAGCUUUCCAGGAGAAUCUAGCCCGUUCAUGACCGCUACAUAGCGAACUCUGCUGCGGAGAUUGUCGGCUGAGCUGGUCACCAUGGCGACGGACAUCGGCUCGCCACAGCGGUUCUUCCACAUGCCGCGCUUCCAGCACCAGGCGCCGCGGCAGGUCUUCUACAAGAGGCCGGACUUCGCCCAGCAGCAGGCCAUGCAGCAGCUCACCUUCGACGGGAAGCGCAUGAGGAAGGCCGUGAACCGCAAGACCAUCGACUACAACCCGUCUGUCAUCAGAUACCUGGAGAACCGCCUGUGGCAGCGCGACCAUCGAGACUUCAGAGCCAUCCAACCAGACGCAGGCUGUUAUAACGAUCUGGUUCCUCCCGUCGGCAUGUUGAACAACCCAAUGAAUGCCGUCACCACCAAGUUCGUCCGCACCUCCACCAACAAAGUCAAGUGUCCCGUGUUUGUCAUCAGGUGGACUCCUGAGGGACGCCGUCUGGUCACCGGGGCGUCCAGUGGAGAGUUCACGCUGUGGAACGGACUCACCUUCAACUUUGAGACCAUUCUUCAGGCCCACGACAGCCCGGUCCGGGCCAUGACCUGGUCCCACAACGACAUGUGGAUGCUGACGGCGGACCACGGCGGCUACGUGAAGUACUGGCAGUCCAACAUGAACAACGUCAAGAUGUUCCAGGCUCACAAGGAGGCCAUUAGAGAAGCCAGCUUCUCUCCCACAGAUAAUAAAUUCGCCACCUGCUCUGAUGACGGGACCGUCCGGAUCUGGGACUUCCUGCGCUGCCACGAGGAGCGGAUCCUCCGAGGACACGGUGCAGACGUCAAGUGUGUGGACUGGCAUCCCACCAAAGGCCUGGUGGUGUCAGGGAGCAAGGACAGCCAGCAGCCCAUCAAGUUCUGGGACCCCAAGACGGGACAGAGUCUGGCCACGCUCCACGCCCACAAGAACACGGUGAUGGAGGUGAAGUGGAACCUGAACGGGAACUGGCUGCUGACGGCGUCCAGGGACCAUCUCUGCAAACUGUUCGACAUCAGGAACCUGAAGGAGGAGCUGCAGGUCUUCAGAGGACACAAGAAGGAGGCCACAGCUGUGGCGUGGCAUCCUGUCCAUGAGGGCCUGUUCGCCAGUGGAGGUUCUGACGGGUCCCUGCUCUUCUGGAACACUGGGGUGGAGAAGGAGGUGGGUGGGAUGGAGAUGGCUCAUGAGGGGAUGAUCUGGAGUUUAGCCUGGCACCCGCUGGGUCACAUCCUGUGCUCCGGCUCCAACGACCACACCAGUAAAUUCUGGACGAGGAAUCGUCCCGGAGACAAGAUGAGAGACCGCUACAACCUGAACCUGCUUCCUGGGAUGUCAGAGGACGGCGUGGAGUACGACGACAUCGAGCCCAACAGUCUGGCAGCCAUCCCUGGGAUGGGGAUCCCCGAGCAGCUGAAAGCCGCCAUGGAGCAGGAGCAGAGCAGUAAAGAGUCGGUUCCAGAGGUGGAGAUGUCCAUCCCCGGACUGGACUGGGGCAUGGACGAGGUCAUGGGGAAAGACGCCAAGAAGGUUCCUCAGAAGAAAGUUCCCUACGCUAAGCCCAUCCCAGCCCAGUUCCAGCAGGCCUGGGCCGAGAACAAAGUACCCAUGAUGCCCCCCUCUGGAGACCUGUCCAAGGACCGGAAGGUGGAGCAGAAGGUGGACGUGAAGAAGAAGAGUCAGGCAGAGAUCGAGCAGGAGAUGGCGAGUUUGCAGUACACCAACCCCCUCCUGCUGGAGCAGAUGAAGAUGGACCGGAUGAACCAGAUGAACUCAGAUGGGAACAUGGGCCCCGCACAGGGACAGGGCUCCAUGCCCCCAUUCUCCGGUCCUGGGGGUCCUGGGGGUCCUGGGGGCCCCAUGCCUCCUGGCCAACAGGGCUUUCCCCCAAACAUGCCACCUCAGCAGAUGCCCAACACCAUGGGCCCCCCGAUGGGCCCUGGAGGCAUGCAGCCCCCUUUCAUGGCCCCUGGACAGAUGGGGCCACCUUCUGGGCCCCAGGGUCCCCCUCAGGGCAUGAUGGGACCCCCAGACAUGCAAGGACCCCAAGGUAUGCAGAGACAUCCUGGCCCUCCAAGGAACAUGGGCUCCCAGGGGCCACACAAUAUGGGACCCAGAGGGAUGCAGGGGCCCCCGGGUGGGAUGAUGGGCCCUCCUCCUCGAGGAAUGGGUCCAAGGGAUCCUCAGGGGCCCCCACCUCAGGGGGGCAUGAUGCCCUCUCAAGGGAACAUGAUGGGGCCCCAGGGGCCUAUGCAGGGUGGGAUGAUGGGGCCCCCACCCAGGACACAUGGCAACAUGCCCAACAACUAUGGGAUGGGCAACAUGCAGGGGCCCCCAGGAGGGAUGCACGGCCCCCCAGGAAAUAUUCAAGGACCCCAUGGAAACAUGCAGGGACCCCCAGGAAACAUGCAAGGGCCCCCGUACAUGCAGCACCAGGGUCAGAACUCGGGGCCCAUGAUGCAUGGGAUGGGGCAGCAGGGGCCCAACAGCAAAGACCCCCGAGGGCCACCCUCCAACCACCAUAUGGGCCCCCCGGACCGGCAGGGCCCCGGAGGCCCGGAUCAGGGCUCCGGCCCUUACUGGGGGGACAGCCAGCAGGGGCGGCGAGGACCCCAGGACUUUGACGGAGGCCAGGACUUCCACAGCAGAGAGGAGGGCUGGAGACCAGGACCAGGAUACCAGGGCGGGGGGGGGAGUCACCGGGGCGGGGGCCACCGAGGAGGAGGAGGAGGAGGGGGAGGAAACUGGGGCCCUGAAGAAAGAUUCGGAGGAGGGGAGUUCAGAGGACGGAGGGAUGACAGGUUUAGGGGCGGACCCGGCCGGCCCGGAGGCCGAUCCUACCCUGAGGAGUUCGGGGGCCAGGAGGAGGUGUUUGACGGCCCAGAGGAGAUGAGCCGAGGCUGGGAUGGAGGGGGGCGAGGGAGACCCCCCAGAGGAGGAGGACCCCCCAGAGGAGGAGGUCACGAGGGUUACCGGGACGGACAGAUGCAUGAUGGGUCGUCUCCGGCCGGCCGGGAGCGCUCCUCGUCUCUGCAGGGGAUGGACAUGGCGUCCCUGCCCCCCCGUAAGCGGCCCUGGCAGGACGGACCUGGAACCGGAGACCCCCGGGACCGAGAGUCCCCCGGGGCUGAUGGAGGUCGACCCCUGAGGGACGACGUCUACGGGCCCCCUGGCCGAGGAGGACGAGGCGGCUGGGCUCCUGGAGGAGGACCGGGCCCGGGCCCCCGGAGAGGAGGCCCCCCUCCCAGAGGGGUCCCGAGGGGGGGCGGCCGGGGCCGGUAGUCCUGGAGGCCUGGGAUUGGUCGUUUGUGUAUAAUACUGUAGAGACUCAGCGUCUGAUUGGUCCACAGCUCCUUGUCCUUUUGUAACAGAUUUCUAUGUUUGUGUUUUCACUGAGGUGGACAAUAAAGAUUCACACUUCAA